ACUACUGUCCCUCCACUCCCGUUGCCAAACUACACCACUUAGAAAUACUCUCUGCUACUAUCUGAAACUACUGUCGCUGGGCUGCACGGGAUCUCAUAGCCCGACAGUCCACGUAUUAAACCAUGGCCUCUUUCAAGGAAUUGUCUCUCUCGCGCCCUCUUCCUCAGUCGAAUCCCCGUAAUCACUCUCACUCUCACUCGAUCUCCCUGGGUGCGGCUAACGCCAAUCAUCGGGUGACUCGUCGCAAGAGUGUCACCACUGCCGCUGCUGCUAAUGUGGCCGCUGCUGCGGUCGCUGCCUCCUUGAAGGAAUCGGGCGAUGCCAUGGGAAUUCCGAUGCCCGCACACCGCCGUGGGAGUCGGAAAGGCUGGGAGUCCAGCUCGGUCGGAGCCCCCUCCGGCUUCGGCUCUUAUCUGUCUCGCAGCAUGAACAGCCCCAGCCAGGAACCCCCGGUCGCUCGCAAAACCUCCCCUUCCCAGACCACCACCAUUACGCCCCCCGCGACGAUCACUGAGAACUCCGGGCCAGUUCCCUCCGAUUCCAGCAACUCAGCGGCCAAGCCAGUCAACACCAAAAACCGCAAUCGACGGGCCAGCGAAGGAGGCCAUCUGGUCAAACCCGAGGGGAAGCGGUCCAUGGCCGAGCUUCGCUGCGAGCGUUGUGGGAAAGGGUAUAAGCAUGGCAGCUGCUUGUCCAAGCAUAUGUGGGAACAUGACCCUGCAUGGGCAAUCACGUCGAAGCUCUUGAUCUCCAAGCAUCAACAGGUGCAAUUGUUGGAGGCCGCCUCCGUACUGGUUACGAUGACUCAAGAGGAUCCAGACGAGAACGCUGAAGCCGACUCCGAGAUCUCCUCAUCCUCACCGGACGCAUCGUCGGAGCUUCAGGAAGGUCUGAGUUCCGCGGAAACGACGCCGCCCCCGAUGGACGAGGACGAUGACGACGAUGAAGACAUGUCCAUGGAACCCACGGCCGACAAGCGAUUCAGCGUUGGUAAUGCCUCGGGCCUCUUUUCUCACUCUUAUCAGUCUGGUCCUUCAAGUUCGUUUACGAGCAGUGCUCCUUGGGCCUCCCCGGCAUUUUCUCACGUCCGACACUCGAGCAUAGAUACACGUCCUUCCACCGCGGAAGCCAAGCUGCACGAGGACGACGAGGCUGACCUGGCCGCAGCUAUUGGCCUCUGCAAUUUUGGUACCCCGCGCAUGGGGCCUGUGCCGCUGUCCCCCAGCGUGCCCCCAGUUCCUUCUCUCCCGACGCGUUUCCUCGAUCAACGCAGUCCCUCCGACAGCCAAAGCCACAGUUUAGACCAGUCUAACACAGGCCUCGCCAACUCGGCCUUUUCCAACCCCACCUCCAACAUCUUCCUCUCUCUCUCUUACAAUCCAUCUUUGUCUUACAAGGUCUCCGAUGAGCGCGAAGUCAGAGUGGACGGUGCAACAGACCGCGCCAAGCGGCAAACUCGCAACGCGGAUGUCGAUUUUAGCAGCCGGCCAGCCCAGGCAGACGAUGACGACGAUGGCAUCUUUGGCCGGAUGGAAGAAUAGACCAAAACACCCCACCCCCCGGACGACUCUCCACAUUCCUUUCCCCCCCACCGCUCUCCUAUCCGACCGCUAUUCUUCCUCUCUCCCACCGAACCGCUGGAUGCACAGCUAUCCAGCACAUCACCCUGAUGACAUGUACGAGACUGCGUGGCUUUUUGUAAAUGUUGAUAUUCUUUUCUCGUGUUGGAGUUGGAACACCCCUUUUGCAUGUUUUGCAGAUUUUCUAUAUCUAUCUGUAUAACCCCAGCGCCGGCUGGG